AUGGCAGUUAAUUCUGAGCCUCUCAAGACAAAGAGAACUUUCCUCCACCUUCUGGAAGGAAAGCUUUCAGCUGCCUGCCCGCGUCCUUGCGGCCUGCCAGGAGCCGGGAGAGACGAGCUUAAAUCAGCAGUGAGCUUUGCCACACCUUGUAAGGCACAAACUCUCUGUGGUGCAUGGCAGCAGGGACUGCUUCUCAGGCUUCGUACUCCCAGGGCCCAUUGGGUGGGGCCUGCCUUAGUCACAAGGAGUCACAAAAUGGCGGCAGAGCUUGGCGCGGCUGACAAAACGCUGACGUUCUCACCUCACAUCUAAUCCACCUUUGUAAAUGGCUCAGUUCUCCCUCUCCUUUUUGACGCCGUGAUUUCCUGUCUUGUGGUAUUGUGACUUAGCCUCCCCAUUUUAGGCAGAAUUUGGAAGUCCAUAAGCUCUUAAAUGAAAUAAACAAGGCUUUUUAUCUUUUUCUAUUCCCGCCCCCACAUAUCUCUCGAGGUGGCCAUCUGUGAUUUCUUCUCCCGUUCUUUCCCAAACUCGGCUUGUACCUAGUCCGCCGCCUCCCCCCACAGCCCUUUUGUCUUCACUUUCUCCUUCCAUAAUUGCAUUUCCUCUCUUAUACUCUUCAUUUCUAUUCCAAGUUCGUUUAUUUACUAAAUAUAACAAUAUGGCUGCUGCAGUUACUAAAGAGAGAGAGAGAGAAACCGUUCUUCUCAUUUCAGCAUCUCCUCUGGCCCCCUCUCCCCUCAGUUGGAGGGGAGGCCUUCCUUCCCUCUUCUAAACUUAGCUUUUCUGCCAACCACCUUUGCUCAACAUGCAAGAGGUUGCCGGCGCUUCCUUUGCUCCAACCAAAAGGCUGCGAGGCACUGAGGCCUGCUUGGAAGUGGCUCAAGGCCCCCAUUUGAGCAGCACGGCUGUAUAUCAUACAAUCCUCUUGAAAGCCUCAGUUUGCCAUGUGGCAUGAAGGGCUGCUUCUCAACAAACGCAGGCCCGAUACUGUCUUGGGCCUGUGGAACUAUUAGUGCAGUUGUUUGGAUACUAGCUGCUGUGCAUGUUUUAUGUGUUCACUUUUACAGGAAACAAAAACUGAUUUUCUAAAGGAGAUUUAACACUGGACAAGGCAAUCCUAAACCAUGGCAGAGUGGCAGAUGGACUGCUGUGUCCCAAACCCUAACGCUCACACCACUGAGGGUGGAAGGUGGAGUGGCUUCCUCCCCCCCAUCACCAAACACAAAAUUAGACCCCUUUGAGGAUCUGCAGGGGUUUGGAUCUAGCGACGCCAAAGAUGCCAGUACUUUGUCCUGAAACGGAUUGUUUUACAGCUGGUAGGAGAGCUACCAGUGAUAGCUUCCAGUCCCCUCCGUGCUGGCAAAGUCCAGCAGAUGGUCUCCUCAGCCUUAUAAUAACCCCCUGUAGAAACACGGAUAAAAGGGUUAGGAUUGCACUGUUACGAUUACAUCUAAGUUUUGUAUGCAGUGUGCAGCUGUGUCAAAAUGCACACACCUCAUAGCUAUUAAGGCCUUCCUGUUAGGUGGUAUCGGUGUUAAGAAAAGAUUUGUGAGAGAUUGAGGUUGUAUGGGAAAAUAUAUUUCUGGCACCCAUGCUCCUAUCUGGCGUGGAUGUUGCCAACCUUUUCUACCUGUGGGCACUUCUGGAGAUUUAAGAAAUAUCAUGGGCCCCCACGCACACACCACAACCUGUUAUAUUGGCUACAACAGAAUUCUUCUUUCAAGCCUGAUUUCAGUGGGGCAAAGGGACCGCAAUGGCACCAGGGAAGGCCUUUGUGUGCACAUGUGAACCUGCAGUCACUGGAUUGGAAACCCCUGGUCCAGGGAAUGCAAUGGUGGCGACCUCAUAGAAUUAAAACUCUUUACUUAUGUAAAUCCAAAUUCUGUGACAAAAGUUCUGCACCAGAAAAAGCAACCUGUAUAAAUCAAGCACGCUGUGCAAAUGUGCAUUAGUUGUCCCAUUUUAAAAAUAUUUUCUGCUAGCCCAUAGCAUAGAACAAUAUUUUCUGCACAAAACCACAUUCACACCUGAAUUCUGCAAACAACAUAAAUGAUGCACAUAAAGCAUGUGUUUGCAUAUUUUUCUAUUUGGAUAAUUUAGUCUGCUUCCACUAACCAUGGUGAGGAGAAUGCAGGGCACAGAAAUAGUAAAUCCUGGCCACUGGAAAUCGCCCCAAGCCAGUCUUUGGCUUCCAGUAUUUCACCAGACAUUGCCUAUUCACUUUUACAGUCCCACCCCCUCUGAAUAAGAGCUCGAAUAUUACCAAGAAGAAAGGUGGAAUCCUCACAAUUCGGCACAGUAUUUUGAAUGCUAUGACUCUCUAGUUUUCAUCUGUAAGCAAUGAUAUCUCCUGGGUAAGAAGUGGUCAGGGUUGGCAGGAAGGAAUAAUCAGCAGCUCUGCUAGUUACUUCCCCGUGGAAUGCAAAAGCUGAAUGUCAAGCAGGCUGUGAGCAUGUCGGAAGUUAUUCUGUGCUGCUGUGUGUGUGUGUGUUAGGCACUAUGGUAACACCAUUGGCUAUGACACCUCAGUAACUUUUUUGUGGCUACAGAGCUGACUGAGUAAAAAUUAUUGUUAGAGGAGGAAAAAUAAACUAGAUUAUUUAAUUUAGAUCAGGCUAGAUUAAAGUAAGAAUCUGCAUGAACCGAUACAUUUAUUUUAAUGUAUUGAAUGGUUGCAUGCAGAGUUGCUGAGAAGAUGACAUGGAUUGACCAAGGAACAUGACAUUCGGCACAGUGGAGCUUGAUUGAUCAGGCUUAACAUGGGAACAGGUGCCUCCAUUUCGAUCUGUGUAAGUGGAAUGUUACUAGCUAAUUGUUUCUGACUUGUGACUGAUCCACAUCUGAAAAAGCAAAAGAGGUCUUUAUUUUAUUUCUGAAGAUUAAAAAAAUGCAGAGACUGCCAGAAUCAGAAAUAACAUUCCUGAAUAUUUGAAGGAGACUUAAGGGUUGUUUUUACAAAUCAUGAACUUGGACUAUCAAUUCAAUCAGCGUUCUUGUUUUUUCUCCUGACUGCAUUUUAUUUUUCAACACCCUGAUUGAUUGCAAGCAUAUUUACUUGGAAGCACGCCCCAUUGAUUUCAGUAUGAUUUGCUCUAAGAAAACAACAACUAGUAAAGCACAGUUGUUGAGAUUCACAUUUAAUACUGCAUUGCAAUGAAUUCUGCACUACCUGGCUUAGGAUGGCAUGUGGGAGCUGAGGCUGGUGUUCGUAAUUCAAAUGUAAAAGGUCAAAGAUGGAUGUUCCAAGUUUUAUUGCAGUUAUUCAGUGCUCAGUGGAGAGAUUACAUUGCAAUUUCCCUGGCUCCCUUGAAAACAGGUGUAUUUGUCAACAAGGGGUGGUAAUCAACUAAAUUUUACUCUGAGCAGACCACUGAAAUCAAUGGACCUAACUUAAGUUAAUUAAUUGUUGUGGGUAAAACAUGAGUAACACUUUCUUGACUACCACCCCUGUUUUGAGAACUGCAAAUUAGAUAGUUUGACCUAUAAAUGCAAGCUUAAUCAAGUUCUCACCCCCUUCCUAGUUAGAUUAGGCCAAAGGCCCAUCUAGUCCAGUAUUCUGUUCUCAUGGUGCCAACCAGAUGCUGAUGGAAAACACACAAGCAAGACUUGAGUGCAACAGCAUUCUCCUGACUUGUGAUUCCCAGAACCUGGUAUUCAGAGGCAUACUGCCUCCAUCACUGGAAAUCACACAUAGCUAUCAUAGUUAGUGGCUAUUGAUAGCCCAGCCUUUCUUGAAAAUCAUGAAAUUUAGAAUUGCAGCAGCUAUUAUUUUCCUGACAUAGCUGGUACAGUUUGACUCUUCAUUCUGUUUAGAGCACAGUAAAUCACAAUUAAAUCAGUGGGAUUCACUCCAAAGUAAAGGUACAUCAGAUUGCAGUCUUAAGGCUGUCCAUUUCUAGCAGGAAUUAUAUCUGCAUAUUUUUGUCAGGUACAGAAGUAAACAACCCAGCAGAGCGCAUAAUUUUACUCCGUUCCGCUGUUAUAAAUCUGUAGAGCAAGAAGUGUAUUAUGUAAAUGACACUAGAGUAUUUUGACCUGAAAAGAAGAUAUAAAUAGAUGUUUUCAAUUUAUCAACAUUGUAAAUACUAGCUAAUAAGUGAAAGAUCAAGAUGUAUUAAAUUCAGUGUGAGAUCUGCAAUGAUGAUUCAUGCAUGAUAUUUAACUUACAUCUCAGCUACUCACUUUGAGGUAAUCUGUGUGAUUUUAUCUUUUUUAAAUAGCCCUUACUUGUGGCUUUUGGGAAAAUUACAAAAAAGUCAGAAUUGUAUUUCCUUCCUUCCUUCCUUUCUUGGAAGAGAUCAUAUCCAAAGUCAAUAAUCCAUUAUUUAUGCAGAAGUUACUUUGUGCAUUAGGAGGAGUCGCCUUUGCUGAAAACCUGCAUCAUGAAGAAUGGAUUGUUUGACUAUUUUAGUUUAUAAUGCAGCUGCAAUUUUCUAAAACCUGUAAUAAAUAAAAAUAUUAAAAUGUUAUUAUUUUUUUAAAAAAUACUUAGUAAAGUAUUCUGUAAAACUGCCAGUACUAUGAUCAGCUGCUGAGUAUUUUGAAGAUGUUUGGGCAUUCUAUCAGGCUAUAACAGAACUGCAGAUCCUCCCUCUCAGUUUUGCUGAGGAACCAGAAACCUUUAGCUACUCCUUUUAGCUACUCUGUCCCUUCAACUGGUCAUUGCAAGAACCUCACAACUAAAAACUAAUGUCUGUCUCCUUUCACCCCUUCUCCCUCCCAGUCCCUUUUCCUUUUGUGUCGUGUCUUUGAGAAGUCAAGAAAUUUGGCAUGGUUAGAUAAAAUCUUAGUCUAAUCACUUGAAUUUUGAUACAGUGGUGGUAUACAGAACAAACCAAUAACUAGAAAAACCAAAGCUUGGAAUUAUUUGGACAAGAAUCUUUUUUCUGACUCAAGUUGCUUUAAAAGGCAAUAAUGGGAGCAGUGGGAACCUUUGAUUUUGCUCUGCUGGCAGAACCAAAUUUCCAUUGCCAAUUUGAGAUUUUUUCCCCCUCCCAAUAGUUUGUAUGAAUACAAUACAUUUUUAACCCCAUCCCCACAAAAAACUUUCCAAGCUCAUUAGAUCUCUUCUACUCUUUCAAUUUCUUUUGCAUCAAUGGUGCAAAGAGGCCUCAAGAAGGUGUUGCAUUUCUUUCUGUUUGCAGCAGUCGUUAUCCUCUGUAG